GGGCCCCCCCAGACACCUCAGCAAACCCAUACUCCUGGGGAGGAGGUGGGCAGAGCCUCCUGCAGGGCCAGCUCUGUGGGUCACCGAGGCCCCCAGGCCUCCGCCUCUCACCUGGCAGCAGUUGCAGGCUCCGAGUUGGCCAUAUUUAGUGAUGAUCCCACGGACUCUUUGCUGCUCUGUCCAAGGCAAGUCACAGAUUAUCCAGGGUGCUCACUGCUGGGGAGGGGAGCUCAGAGAUACAGCUUUCUGUGGCCUAACCCCCAAACCAGAUGCUGUCCACUCAUAGCGAGGCUCAGAGCCUGCUGGGCAGCCAGGCCGAAGCGUCUCACUGGGGAGGAAGGCUCUCAGCGACUCCACAGGUCUGGACUCUGAGUCUCAUGGUCUGAAGCCAAGCUGCUCUGAGCUUCUACCUCCCCGCAGAUGCAUUGCCCAUUCUGGGGCUCACUCUACAGCUGUGGGGCUGCCCUCACCUUGGCCUUUAAAUCUGGGGAAAGAUGUGGACUCUGAACAAGGAGGUACCAGCAGUGAGAGGAGUUAGCUGGGCCUUUGUUCUGCUGGGUUCUACAAGAGGGGGAAGAAGAUCAAGCCGGACACCCAGGUGCUGGGGUUGAGGACUGCGACCCCCACCAUCUUCUCCUCACCUGGGAGCCAUAUCUUGGGGCACAGCGGGGCAGGGACUGCACCUGCCUGAGAGCCUGCACUGGUCCUGGGUAGCCCCCUCCCCUAGGAUGAGACGGGAACAGACGCUCAAGCACCAGAGGACAGCCAGCCGAGGUGCGGGAGGGCAGUGAUGGACUAAGUGACAAACAGCAGAGUCAGAGGCAGAGAGGUAGAGGGUGAGCCAGCAAGAGACAGCCCAGGUCAUGCUGAGGAAGUGAGCUGGGCAGAGACUGAGGUGGGAGGAGGGCGUCCCAGCCAGCCACGGUCAGCACCAGGCCUCUCAGCAGAAGAUGGGGCUGGAUGUCCUUAGACAGGGCUGUCUUGGCCCUGACCACAAGGGAGGCCCUUGUGCAAGACUGGAAAAGAAGAAGCCAGAUGCAUGAAGGAAGUGCUGGCUUCCCUAAGUGGGGGUGUGGGGAGGAGCCCCCUCCCCAGCCGCCGCCUCGGUUCCCAGAGGAGCCUGUCCUCACUUCCCGGCGUGCUCUAUACAACUCCCUGUCCCAUACAUCCUCCCAAAGGCCCUUCCGCAGGGCCCCUCCCCUGCCUGUCCUUAGCUGCUGCAGGAGUAUCGGCCAUGGCUGGGGCCCUACCGCACUCCCUGUUGCUGCUGCUGUCGCCACUGACAAUGCUCCUUCAAGGUGGGAACUCGGCUGGAUCCACUGUAUACCCUCCCUAUGGAGUCUCCCAACCGGCACUUCUCUGGGCCCCCAUUGGUGGCACUGUUGAAAUCCCCUUCUCCUUCUGGUAUCCCUGGAAGUUGGCCAAGAAUCCCCACCCGACUAUAACCUGGAGAAGAGGCUACUUCCACGGGGAGUUUAUCUACAACCACACUCAGGCCUUCAGCCACAAGGAUUAUAGGAAUCGGCUCUUUCUGAACUGGACACAGGGGCAGGAAAGCGGCUCCCUCAGGAUCUCGAAUCUGCAGCUCAGGGAUGACUCCAUGUACUUCUGCCGAGUGGGGCUGAACACACAGACAGACGGCUGGCAGGAGUGGCAGGCCCUCAGGGGAACCUCGCUCAUCAUCACUCCUGCCACCAAGACCACCACUCGGAGACCCACCAACAUAGCCUCCACUGCAGCCACCACAGCAGGCCUCAGGGUCACAGAAGGCAGAGGGAGCCCGGAGUCACAGCCUCUGAGUCUGGAAGCUGCAGUCGGGCUGGCAGUGGCCACUACUGUGCUCAUAAUUGCGAUUUUGGGACUGCUGGUCUUUCUCAGGUGGAAGAAAACGAAAGGUCGGCCGGCCACAGCCAAAACCCCAGCCAGGGAACACUUACAACACACUGAGGAGACAUACGAGAAUACUGGGAAUAAAGGACGACUUACAGAACCCACACCCGACCUCAAGGAUGACAGCAUCACCUAUGCCUCCCUUGCCUUCUCCAGUCCAACCUCGCUGGGAGCACCUCUCCACCAUCCUUCCUAUAACAGCCCCCAAGAAGAGACCUUGUACUCUGUCUUAAACACCAAAUGAGUGGGACCGAAUGAUGUCAUCCUUAGAGGAAACCACAUACCCACGAGGAAGCAUCACUGCUGCCACCAACAACAGAGGCCACAAAUAGAUGACUCAGACAUGAGCAGGUGUCAAAGGCCACAAAGGAACCGAGGCAAACAGACACUGCCCCUUCUUUCAACUUCUUGGCCAUUUCCCACAAAAAUAAAUAUGCAGAGAACUUG